UCUGGAGCAGCAGCAGUAGAGCUUCACUGCCUCUCCUCGCCUCACAGUGCGGGAAUAUACCAGCGGAGAGCGGAAUGGAUACGGAAGGGAGCCAGAACAGCCUGUCCUCCGGCACGGACAACUCCCCCCACGACCCCUGCAAAAUGUUCAUCGGGGGUCUGAGUUGGCAGACGACACAAGAGGGCUUGAAGGAGUACUUCUGUAAAUUUGGCGAGGUGAAGGAGUGUAUGGUGAUGCGGGAUCCCGUUACCAAGCGGUCGAGGGGGUUUGGGUUUGUAACAUACGCAGAUCAAGCCGGUGUGGAGAAGGUUUUGGCGCAAAACAGACACGAGUUGGAUUCCAAAACGAUCGACCCCAAGGUGGCGUUUCCUCGCCGGGCUCAGCCUAAGCUGGUGACCAGGACAAAGAAGAUCUUUGUCGGAGGACUGUCAGUCAAUACCACCAUCGAAGAUGUGAAGCAUUACUUCGACCAGUUUGGAAAGGUCGAUGAUGCCAUGCUUAUGUUUGACAAAACAACCAACAGGCACAGAGGCUUUGGCUUCGUCACCUUUGAGAAUGAAGACGUGGUGGAGAAAGUGUGUGAGAUCCACUUCCAUGAGAUCAACAACAAAAUGGUUGAGUGUAAGAAGGCGCAGCCCAAAGAGGUGAUGACGCCGACAGGCUCAGCCAGAGGCCGCUCCAGAGUGAUGCCCUAUGGGAUGGACGCCUUCAUGCUGGGCAUCGGCAUGCUGGGCUACCCAGGUUUCCAGACUACUACCUACACCAGCCGCAGUUACUCUGGAAUUGCUCCUGGUUACACUUAUCAAUUCCCAGAAUUCCAUUUAGAGAGGACCCCCCUCAUGACAUCAUCCCACCCCCAAGAGCUGGCAGCCAUUCCCCUGACUGCAUAUGGACCAAUGGCGGCGGCAGCAGCAGCAGCAGCAGUUAGAGGCUCCACCCCUUCACGCACAGCUGGUUUCCUGGGCACCAGCAGCCCUGGACCAAUGGCUGACCUGUACGCUGCAGCCAACCAGGACUCAGGAGUCGGGGGCUACAUCAGCGCCGCUAGCCCCGCCCCCAGCUCAGGGUUUGGCCAUGGUCUAGGGAAAGUCUAUCCCCUCUUGUCUAUGUAUCCCCAGGGGCCACUGAUUGCUACUGCGUUCACUAAUGGCUACCACUGAGACGACUCAGGUCACUGAAGAUGGGAGGGCCUCUCUUCUGCUGAUGAGCCAAUCAAAAUGCUGGCUGCCCUCUGAUGGCACAACCUGAUUGGCUGGGCCACAGGCUCUUCCGGGCUCUCCUGGCUCCCUGUGGCUCCACCCACCGACUGAAUAUCUUUUUAAAAUCCUGAACUCUGUUUUACUGUACUAAUCUCACUUCAACAUAACGUCCCCGUCUCUCCUCUUUUGUCCUCAUGUAGUGUAAUAACUAGACCCCCCCUCCUCCGUUAUCCAUUAGCUUCUUUUGAAGCUGAGAAAACAAAAAGAAAAAAAAAGAAAAAAAAUCUCUGAGGAAACGUUUGUCAUUUGACAAGGUCGCAGAGGACUAUUUUGAGUUUUUUUUUUAUUAUUGUUUUCAAUGUGAUACGUCGCUUCAUCAUGAAAACCUUCUACGCCGUUACUGAUGUGAACAGAGAGAAAAAGCCGUGCGAGGUGGGUCUUUGUCUGAAAACCAUUUUUAACAAAGGAAGAACAAAAUCCAACAAAGUCCUCUUUUUAACUCGAGCAUCACGGAAACAUGAAAAAAAACAACUAAAAUGUAUAUUUUGGUAGUCUUUAAAAACAAAACCUUUGUAAUAUUGUUAUUAAUAUUGACAUAAUAAU